UUUUAGUAAAUAGGUUUUAUUGUUGCAUUUUUUUUGUUUUAUUUUUCUGUUCUUUUUUUUAAAUUCAAAAUGGAGGUUAUUGAGGAUGGGAAUAUUAUGGAUCGAAUCCCUAUUCUGUUGCAAAGGGAUCUGGAGUAUUAUCAGAAAAACCAAACAGUAUUAUCAGAAACUAUUUGCAAAGGAGUUGUUGGUGGUAGACUGGACUUCCCAAGGAAUGCUUCCUUUGCAUCCGUUAAAAUUGUUCUCUGGUUGGAGGAGGAGUUUUCUAUUGCAUUCAAGCAAGGAUCGGGCAUGUUCGUGAUAACAAAAGAGGAUGAGAAAGGUGAUAUUGGAGUGGCUAAAACUUCAGACCCUGAUAAAUUCGUGCAGCUGGCUAUCAAGUCUGGAGAUUCACUGUUAGAACAUCUCCACAUGUUGGCACAAGAAGCCCUUGACCACGCUGAUCUCCCAGUACUGACUGCUACGCUCGGAGCCGCAGCGUUGUUGAAGAACAGCUUGUAUUGCUACGUGCAGCAUAUUGAGGAUAGUGGGAACCCUGAACGAUAUUCUCAGAUUCAGGGUUGUUACAAACGCUACACUACAAUGUCGGAGGCUGUAGGCGAACGAGUACUAGAUCUGCACAACAGAGUUCUGUCUUUGUACAUAUUGCAAGAUUCUGGCGGACGACCGAUAGAUGGCAACACUAGGACUGUGCAUGAAAGUGGUACGCCUUCUGUACAGGGAUGGUGGCUUUAUAUGAAUGGAAGUAGACGCGACCUAUGGGACACUGUACCACCUCGGAUGGCGCAAAGAAUAUUCGCUGGAAUGCUAAACGAAACACUGACUAUUCUCACUGUGAGAUAUUGUCAGACGAAUACAACAGAUACAACAACUCGUCUUCUUCUCAACGACAUCUUGAACAUACUUCUCUGUGUGGCACAGCUAUUACCAUCAAUAUGUGCCAAUGGGUCUGACUUGGCUGGUUUGGACGUGAAGCAUCAGACAAGAGACGUGAGAGAUGUCCAUGCGAAAUGCAAUGAGCUGUUCAAGUGUUUCGUUUACAGAGGAGCUGAUUUGCAUUUUAUACAUCAGGAGUUCAAAGAGAAAGAUCCACCUACAAUACCGAGGGAAUGUCCGUUCCCCUGGUUUACCUUCGUGUCUCCAAUGUUGUUUGAUAAGUUGGACGACCCGUCAGUGAGGAGUACGCAUGAUCUCUCCAACAAGACCGCUUUUGGGUUGGAACUGAUCGUGUUGUUGGCACAGCCACAGCCGAAUUGGGCGUUGAUUGUUAAGGUACUAAUGAUGCGCGACUGCCACCUGUCCCGUAUGCUCCUGAUCCGCGCCGUCCGCCACAUGAGUACUGACAACUUGAAGUGGCCGGCGGACGGGCUCUGGUACAGCGUACACGAUAGACAGAAGAAGUGUAGCGGGUUCCUUUGUACUGCUGACGGAUUCUGCAGAUUUAAGGGCGAUGUUAAUCCAGGAGAAGAGUUUGCUAGAGUGGCAGGUGCACUUACCUACGUCUUGGCUACAAUCGGCAGUAAGGCGGAGCUGAAGUCUACACUAUGUUACGCGCUCGAGAUAUCUGGGAGGGAAUGGGCUGCUUGCUUGGAUAAACGACAGGUAUGGUGUGACAGGCGACCACCGUGGUUGGCUGGUAUUCUAGCCCUAGUCGGGUCUAUAUUGCAGUUUAUUCCACCAAUUUUAGUCAAUGCAGUGCAGAGUGGAGCUUCUAUGUAUCAGACCAUGGCGCUCUGUUUAUCUUGCAUAUCGAGGUCCUUGGACUGCGUUCCUCGUUGCUUCGUGAACGCAUGCUCAAUCAUAGAAGGCACUCUUCCCUCCCAUAUUAAUCCAGUAGGAGGUUCAGUUCUACUACAAAUGCUUGUAACUGUAACGUAUGAGGAAAUACAGAAAUGGGCUGAAGAGGAAGUUGAGAAGGAAAAAGCAGGUAAACGCCAUCUAUUGACUUUGAGAUUCUUUUUUCGUCCAGCAACAUCAACAUCCCUAAGUUUCGACGGUAGUCACAGCAGUGCCUCAUCUAUAGCCCUGGCAGUAGCCGAGGCGCUCUGCUCUAUAGAUGAGGACGACAAACAUACUCGAGACAUACAACUACUAAUAGAACGGGCAAAGAGAAAAGUUGUAUUGUCUGAGCAAUUUGGGCUUGAAGACUUUCCUGAGUUCGCUGAGUUGUUUGAAGAGGGCGAUGUACCCGGGUCUAAUGCUGAGCGGGCAAGUGAUGCCGCCGCCCUUACUAGCCAGAUACUAAUGACACCUCCUGGAAGAGAUAGUCUGAGAGUCAUCUACGAACAUCUAGCGCUGCAUUCAGAGUGGAUUUACAAGGAGCUAGGCAUCCGAGAUUCGUGUGAUAUCGACAUACCUUCUAACAAGACUCCGCUUCUUUAUACCAUGUUUCAUAUUGGGAAACAACCUUUUGACCAAUUCCUUCGAGGAGAAUGGCCGUUACCCUGGAGUACACUGGUCGCCGUCGCCAAAGCGUGGUCAGGUCUUGAAGGAGUGAGAGUUCAUAUAAACAGACGUACUGACGUCCGCAACAUGAAGUCCCAAGGCAAAUCUAAUAAACAGUUGAUGCAACUUUGUUCCAUGUUUAAAUCAAAUAGUGAGGGACUUUUGUAGUGUGCUAACUCUUCGAACAUGUUCGACAAUCUUCGGGCUACUUCGGGUGCACACUAAUAAAUGUUUGUAGUAAGGUUUUUUGUAGAUUUUAUUUGUGCCUUAUCGUGAAAUAUUUGUUGUAUAUUGCUAUGAUUGUAUACUUGUUAAAAUGUUAAUAAAUCGAAUACCUACAGUAAAAUAAAGUUGUUGCCGU